GCCCCUAGGCGUAGCUCCAAGUCAAUAUAUACCCCGCACAAGCUGCGGCUCCCUCUCACUUGAGCCGAGUGCGCGCUGUCCGCCCAGCACCCACCUGCACGCCGCACACAGACAGAGGCGCGCUUGCUCAGGACUUCACGGUAUCUGGACCAGCUCCAGCAUCUUCCUCUUAAAUAACCAGCCAGAAAUAACUGGAAGGGUACGGACUUUGACAGCUGGAGACGUCCUGACCCAAAUUUGAGCUACCACAGAAAACCACUUUCCAAUCUAUAGACGUGAAUGAGAGCCAGUCGGAAUUAGCAUCCCAGCAUAUUUUGCUUCCCAGCAUCCCGAAAAUACGCAUUCGCCCGGCGCCGCUUCUGCAUCUCCACGGUGGUUUCUGCGCACUGCUUCAGCCAUGUCAAAGGAAGAUCUGACCUGCAAGAUCAGCUCCGGGUGCAAACAUAAGGAACGCAAACCCAAGAAACCCCAUUACAUCCCGCGGCCGUGGGGGAAGCCAUACAACUACAAAUGCUUUCAAUGUCCCUUCACCUGCAUGGAGAAGUCGCAUCUCUACAAUCACAUGAAAUACAGCCUCUGCAAGAACUCUCUCUCCUUGCUGAUUGAGUCUGAUUGGCCCUACAAGAAGGGGAACAUGCUGCACCCAGACCAGCUUCGCUCACUGCAACAAGGGCCGCGCCACCGUGGAGCGGGUAGAGAGGCUCCGGAGGUGUUCUCGGGCGCCGAGGACCAAUCAAAGGCGCAGCAGACAGAGGUCACUUUAGUGGACAAAGGUCUGGAAGAGAUUGAAGGCCAUGGUGACAUGGAAACAGGGCAGAGAAAGGGAACUGAAGUAAGCGUCCCAACAAAAGAGGCUAGCGACCAAACGGACAGCUCUACCAGGGCUGCCGCGAAGAGAUCCAGGCAGUCGGAAGCAGACCUUUUGAUCACAGAUGUUUUUCCUCUGGAUGAUCAGCUUCUCAAACACCGACCCGCAGAGGUCGAGACCCAGCUGAAGCAGUACAAACUGUCCAAAGGCUGUCUGUCAGGCCCCAGUCUGCUGUCUGAACAGUGGCGCUUGCUGGCUACCAGUCACAGGAAGGCGAAAUCGGACAGUUCGCCACUCAGCAAUGGCUCCUUACCCUGCUACCCCCCACCGCCAGCCUUUGCGGACUGCCCAGACCCGGCUGGGCUGAACCUCUCCGUCCUCGGUGUGAGUUACCCACUAAGUCCCAGCCUCUUUUCUUAUGUCAACCCCACAGUUCCUGGUGCAGCCUCGACUCACAGUCAGAUGGGUCAGCUCCCAUUCUUAGCGUCAGCCACGCAGUUCAUGCACCCGGCGUCGAGCUCACUCCCCCAUGCCGACAGGCCCCUCCUCUCGCCGCGCUUCUAUUACCCUCUUCUCUGCGAGCACGCAUUCGGAGCGGCGCGAGUCGACGCUGUCAAGGGAGCAAAGCCAGGCCAGUCCACUCCAGCCGCACUGGAUUCCGGUUCUUCUCCCGGUUUCACGCCAAAAAUCAACCUGUGGAAGGUCCCUGCCCUCCGGCCCAGUCCUAGCGUGGCUCCUCCAGCUUCCUGGACGUCCCAUCAUCAUGUGCCAGUGUCCCUAGAGGCAGGUUACAGGGUGACAGAGGAGAAAGUGCAGCCUGGGUGUAAAGACAACAAAGCGUGGGGCUUCAAGUCAACCCUUGACAUGCCUCUAGUAAGAGAACAUGGUAGCAAGAGGACAGGAGCCCCCAUGGAGGUCCUUGAGGGCCCAGUAGAAAAGAAGACAACAGCAGGGUGUGCUCUGGAUCUCCUCAAGAACAUCCACAUCACCCCAACGAUCUCUAUAGCCACUGACGGCAUCCUUCAUCCCAGUAGUUUUCGAUCUGCCAUUCAUCAUUCAAAGUCUUUGGAAGACUGGAAUACAAGUUUCAGGAAAAGUGCUUCAGAAAAUCUAUCGAGUGAAAUGUCGCCCCCACUGAAGCCUGAGAGGGUGAGAUGUCUGGACCUGGCAGAGGACAGACAGGGGGGGCAGAUCUCAGAGACUGCAGCAGCGCUGCUGGCUGACUUCAGCAGGGCCCUGCAGGAAUACCAGGAGGCUGAGCGCAAGGUCUCACACCUGGUGAGGGAAGACCACCCAAGCCAGCGGCCCCUCUGGGAGUACCUGUGUAAGAUCCGCAGUGAGCUCUCCCACAUCCACCACGCGCUGGAGAAGACCACCUGGCAGAACGAGGGACCCUUGGACCUCUCCAUCAAAAAGAACUUAGGGGGGACGGCAGGUGGAGAGAACCAAUGCACAGGGGAGACCAUGAAGGGGGAAGUGAUUGGAGAGACAGAAGAGGAGGAUGAAAUGGAGGAUGAAGAGGAGGAGGGAGGCGAAAGAGAGGGGAAGGCAGAAUUGCUGGAAAGUCAAAAGCAGGAACUAGGGGUCCUCAUGAAGAUGAACGCCGCAAGCCUGGCUGAAACGAGUCCCAGGGCCAUGGUGAAGACGGAGGUGCUGUCCCCCGGUGCCCUGGGGCUCCGGGCCGCCCCCGUCGAGGCGCUGUGGCCCAGCCGAACCACCAAGUGCGAGGCAGACUCCAGCGUGCUGCUCUGCCCCGAUGGAAGGCCCAUUGUCUUCACUGACUUCACCGCUGGGGCCAAAAGUAUGAAGAGGCCAGCAUCUCGAGAACAUCUUGGGGAGACACUGUGCCCCCCCAGCCCCCUUACAUCCAACGACCUGUAAGAAUGACCCUCAGAAACACUGGGCGUCCCAGCAAGAGCCAAGCAGCUUAGCGGUCCAGCCUCACAGAAAUUAAAGAUGAGAAGGACAGAGUAAUCAGCAUCAACGAAUCAUUUAAUGACUGGAUGAUACUCAGUAUUUCUGACUUGUAACAGUGUACCACAAGGAGACGAGCCGUGUCAGUCCCGUGAUUAAAUACCUGUGUAUAAAUGCAAAAGACAAUCAAUCAAAGCACGUUAUCGUUUGUGAUGUAACCAACUAUAACAGAAACACACUUUUAAUACUUUCCUGUUAUAUUAUAUGCUACCGGGCAGUAAUUUUGUGUACCUU